AUGUAUCCUCAACAUGGUGCCCCGAUGGCACCUCCUCAAAAGCCUGAAACCUUCAUGCUAUCGAAUGAAGCGCAACAGAGCCUCCCUCAUGAUGCGCAAGUUGCGCUUCAGCAAGUGGAUAACUUGAAAUAUUUUCUUCUUUCAGCGCCUGUGGACUGGCCCCGAGACCAGCUAAUCCGACGAUUCCUACUUCCCACUGGCGACUAUAUCUCUUGUGUUCUCUGGAACAACCUUUUCCACAUCUCGGGCACUGACAUCGUUCGAUGCCUCGCUUUUCGGUUCCAAGCCUUUGGACGCCCAGUCAAAAACUCCAAGAAGUUUGAGGAGGGUAUCUUCUCUGAUCUUCGAAAUCUGAAAGCCGGCACGGAUGCGACUUUGGAGGAACCGAAGAGCCCAUUCCUCGAUUUUCUCUACAAGAAUAACUGUAUACGAACGCAAAAGAAGCAGAAGGUCUUCUACUGGUACAGCGUGCCGCACGAUCGGCUCUUUCUCGAUGCAUUGGAACGAGACCUCAAAAGGGAGAAGAUGGGGCAGGAGGCGACCACUCUUGCUGUCAGCGAGCCGGCACUGUCGUUCGAAUUCGACUCUUCGCAGUCGUUGUAUGAGCAGCUGACCAAGGCGCAACAAGCAAACUCUUCAUCCUUUCACGCGGGUACGACUUUUGGCCAGUCCAACUCCCCGGUCGUUCGGACUGUUGACGCAAUGCCUCCUCCCCAGAUGGCUCCCCAGAUGGCUCCUCCGACGCUACCUGUUCUUCCCGACGACUCUGGCAAUUCGGCGAUCUACCACCAAAUACCCAUGCCCAAUCCCGUGACGCAAGCCCUCAUUAAGCGCGAGCCGGACUACGGUCAGAUCCAGUAUGAUCGAAAUGGCAUUCCUGUCCGUAUUCACCAGCGCCAUGCGUCCAUGCCAACCUUUGUCGUCGAAUACUCUCCAGCACCGUCUUUCGUCUCUUCGCAAUAUGAAGACUAUAGUAACCGAGGCUUGUCGUUUGAACCUAUCACCCCCCCGCAGCACAGCGUUCCUUUGGGCCCUGAGCCCGCGUACAUCGCCAAUGAAGAUACUGGUCUCUUCACUGCAAUUCCUGAUAUUAGCUCUGCAGCUGCGUUCCAUCCGAUGAUGCAGUUACCACCCUCGAAUCUCGCAAGCGCUCAUUAUCCUGUACCGGCGAGAACUUAUCAUUCGAAUGUGUAUUCGGUGAUCGAGGGCUCUCCCACCUAUAAGCAACGUCGACGCCGGUCUUCUAUCCCACCCGGCAUUGCUACUACCACGCACCCCCAGGCGACUUCUGCGCCUUCCCAGCCGAUUGCCUAUGCAGCCCACAGACCUAGCGAUCUCCGACGCUCGGUCUCCAAUUCUGUGACCCCCGCUGUUGACGGGGACGAGACCCCGGAUGCGUCACAGCAUCCCACAAAUGGAUAUACUACCGCAGCUCUCCCGCAGAAGAAUUUGUUGCACGAGAUGUCCCGCCACGGCACUCCACUUUCCAAUCUGGAAGAACAUCCUGAUUCUAAUCCCUCGAUGACAAAUUCCCAAGAUGAAUUAGCCACCAUCCCGAACGGGGAAGCAUAUGAGGCAGUCGCUCAGAAUAGUGUCCCGCAUAAGUCGGAUCGAUUUGCUCCUGGUCCUGUGCGCCGUGCUCGAAGCGCUACAAUGAUGGAGCUCGGACCAUAUCCUCAGAAAUCCCAUUCGUGUCCCAUCCCAUCAUGCGGGCGACUCUUCAAGCGGUUGGAGCAUCUGAAACGGCAUGUGCGCACCCACACACAGGAACGGCCGUAUCCUUGCCCUUACUGCAACAAAGCCUUUUCGCGCUCUGACAACCUUGCUCAACAUCGUCGGAUCCACGAGGCUCAACAAGACGGCCAGCACCCACUUCCUUCCCACGAGGAAGACAUCGAAAAUGAUGAGAACGAACUUUCUGAAGAUGGUUCCUCACCCAUCGAGUCCAUGCACAACUCCAUGGUCAAUGCUAUCGGCGUGACAUCGAUGCCCUCAUCAUUGGCGAUGACCUCUGCCAUGCCUUCAAUGGUAGCUUCACAUAUGAUCACUCCUCAACUUCUACAGCAGCAAAUAUAG